AUGAUACCGACACAAUCAAUGAGCAAUGAGAUAAUACAUCCCACUUUACAGAGUAUACGUUCUGCGAUAGCACUCGAGGUAUCAAUAGCAUGUGCUAUCUCCUACGCCCACACCAGUCUCAGCGCACACAUCUCUACAAUGUCUUCCUCUUUCCAAAACUCCUCCGCAUUUCUUAUCGGAAGGUUUGCUCAGCUGCUUGGGAUCUUCGUCGGCUGGCGUUUUAAACCUCAACAAGGGAUGAACUCUUGUGACAGUCUUGGAUCCCAGAAGAGGGAUAGGUCUGUUUCUUUAAAGCCGUUGGGCAAAGCACGUUGA